CCAACCCAUGUCACCGUCGAAAUCGGCUCAGGUGGCACGAGAUACUUCAUUUUCAAGCCAUUCCUAGUCCAUUACUCAGAAUACUUCCGCAACACUUUGGCUAGACACCAGAAGGAAGCCUUUGGUGCGCCCGAAUCAAUGACGCCGGGAUUGAGCCGUUCAAUGUGUUUGUCGAAUGACUGUAAACUCAGAGGGUUUCCCAAACCGAGAAAGAAUGGCUGGAGGUGUCCUAGGGUUGACACGACGCUCCACCGCGAUAGCUCUGGAGACAUGUGUAAGAUGAAGAAGUACGUUCUUGCGGAUCGGCGUAAAGCACUGAUGUUCCGAAAGGCCAUCUAUAAUUCCAUUGCCGGCGAUAAGAAUAGACUGACCAACGGUACCAUACUUCGACGCAGUCAUCUACGCCUUCAGCUACCUGCCUUCAGACCAUCUACCCCUUAA